AUGUGGUACAUCUCGAAGGCAAGAAAUAACUUAGUCUUUGAGAAUUCAUCUGAAAACCCGCAAGACACCUUGGAUAAAGCUAUUCGAGAGGAAGAAGUUUGGAGACAUGCCAACACAAGAGAUCCAAUGGUUGAGGAAACCAUGGUGCAUGUUGCAGCUACUAGUUUCCAAGAUUCCCCUAUAUGCUAUAUCGAUGGUUCAUGGCAUGAUAGGGAGCAUAUAAGUGGACACGGUUGGCUCACGACCAAUGACACCAGCAUUUUAUACAUUGGAUUGAAAGGGUCUAGGGAAAGUCUCUCCCCUCUUCAUGCCAAAUUGGAUACCUUACUGUGGGCCAUUGAUUACUUACUGAAGCUAGGGAUGGAUAGUAUGCACUUUGCCAAGGAUUGUUUGGACUUCAUAGCAAUGACUUCAAAUAUCGAUGAUUGGCCUGCUAUCGAGAUUGUUUUGAUGUUUUUAGUUUAA